AAUGGAAUGGAUUUACAAUUUACAAAUAUUUCAUUAUUGAGCGAUAUUUGUUUUCAGUCUGAAUCGAUAUCCGUAGGAGUGUAAGCAAAUAAUAGAAGUCAGCGAUGUGGUCAGACGAAUCUUUUAUGAAUGAACGCGACAUGCGGCAUUUUUCGGAAGCGAAUGUGAAAGCGCACGUGGCGAUGUUGCUGCGUUCCCGCGCCUGUCAUCUAUCAUACGUGCGGUGACAUCGAUGUCGCGUAUUUUUUUUGAAUUCCUAGAUAAAUUAAAUGAUGCUGACAUGCUCGAAAAGGUGCCUCCAAUUGACAUUGGCGAUACUCAAGCCGCAUGUCGUGAAAUCCCCGUUUGCUCUUCAGAAAAUUCGCGAUUUAAUAAUCGACAAUAAUUUCAAAAUUGUCAGAUCGCGCAGGAUGACAAUAUCUCGCGAGGAAGCCGAACUGUUUUAUAAGGAGCACAGGAACAAGUUUUUUUAUAAUCGUCUCUUGACUUUCAUGUGUAGCGGUCCAUCUGACAUUCACAUUCUGGCAGCUCAUGACGCUAUCACUAAGUGGAGACAGUUGAUGGGCCCUACCAAGGUUUAUCAAGCACAAUACAGUGCACAGGAUACUAUAAGAGGAAUGUUUGGACUAUCGGAUACUAGAAAUGCUACGCAUGGAUCUGAUUCCAUAGAAUCUGCCAAAAAGGAGAUAGCGAUAUUCUUUAAAGAUUUUAACAUGAAGAAAUGGUAUGACAAUGAGGAAAUGCUUUAUAACUUAGGAAGACUGCAUUUUGAUCCAAUAUCAUUUGUACACACCAUUGACAAGAGUUAUGUUCAGAAUGAGCAGGUUAUAAAAUGAUCGUGUACAUCAUUAAUUUAUUAAAUAAAAUAUUGUAUUUUUAAUAAUAA